AUGUCGCAUAUGCUCAUGGGAAGUAUCCAGUAUUUGCAGCAGACUCAGCAGACGUUUCCACUGCUGCCCCGCUACCAGACUGGCUACGAUAUGCCUUUGGGCGACGGUAGCCAGUCCUCGACCACCACGUGCAUCAGCGAUGAAGAGCAGUGUGGUCUACAAGUGCCAGAUGUGCCGCUGCAUUUGAUCAAGACUCGCUCGCAUGAAGUUCCGCAUUCUCCAGACGCGAGCACUACCGGUGAAUGGAUCGCGAGCUCCGAAGGGUGGACUACGGUUAUGCUACGCAACCUUCCUGCAUGUUUUUCUCGGGGGCGCUUGAUCUAUUUGCUCGCCAAGGAGGGCUUCGCCGGCACCUUCGACUUUCUUUACGUGCCGCUUUGCUUCAGGGAGAAGGUCUCCUUGUGCUAUGCCUUCAUCAACUUUCUCGAUGUGGACACGGUGGCCCGCUUUUGGAAGCACUUCUGCGGCUUCAAGAACUGGGGACUCCCCAGCGCUCAUGUCGCAGAGGUUUGCUGGUGUGCACGGCACCAGGGCUUGAGUGAAGCCAUUGCGUACUACCAGAACAACAGCGUGAUGCACCCCAGCGUGCCGGACGAGUGCAAGCCUGUGCUCUUCUACAAGGGCAGCCGGACAUUCUUCCCGGCCCCCACGAAGAGAAUCAAGGUUCCAAAGAAGGUGAAGCAAACAGAGGACGACGGGGCCACCUCGCAGGAUCGGCAGCUUCUCAAUGGCAACUCUUUGGGAGCCGGCCCCUUGCUCACUUUGAGCCUUUGA